UGGCUUCCAUAAGAGUAUGUUGAACCCCAAAAGUAAUAUCUCUGAGAAUCACAUGAUUAUAGAAAAGCCCCACUCACAUAACAACCAUCCUAGAGGAUACAGUCUUUCUAGUUUUAUAAAACUUCAAGAGGAAGAAAGAGGUUAUGGAAAUGCUGUGGGGUCAAAACGUUCACAUGUGGAAAUCAGCAGCCCUAGAAAUGACAGCGCAAAUUCACCAACAAACAAUGAAGAAAAUAGCACUGAUGGUUCUGGCAAUGGAUUUGUUACUGCAAAAGCUAAACUGGAAAUGGAUGCAAAGCAAAAACGUGGCCUAGCAGGAUCACCAAGUACAUCUAUCUCCCCACAAAGUGAUAGCACAAACAGAGGAUAUGGUGCGAGAUCAUAUGGGUUUUCACGCCGUGGCGUUCGAGGUAAUUUUAUUCCACCCAUAAAAUCUAAUGGGGGCAAUACUGGAAAUGUGACUACACGAGUUGCUGGAAAGAGCGAUGAUGCAUCGGAUGACUCGGCAAAGAGAUGUUUGGAAAUGCUAUGCGGUCCUGAUGGUGAACUUCCUGAAAAGUUGAGGAAUUUGGAACCUCGUCUCAUUGAGCAUAUUAGUAAUGAGAUUAUGGAUCGAGAUCCUAAUGUUCGGUGGGAUGAUAUAGCUGGUCUGGAUCAUGCAAAAAAAUGUGUGACUGAGAUGGUUAUAUGGCCUUUGUUACGUCCUGAUAUAUUUAAAGGGUGUCGUUCUCCUGGAAGAGGUCUUCUUCUCUUUGGUCCACCGGGAACAGGAAAAACAAUGAUAGGGAAAGCAAUAGCUGGGGAGGCUAAAGCAACCUUUUUCUACAUUUCUGCCAGUUCAUUAACUAGCAAGUGGAUUGGGGAGGGUGAAAAGUUAGUGAGGGCGUUAUUUGGUGUUGCCAGUUGUCGUCAGCCUGCUGUAAUUUUUGUUGAUGAAAUAGACUCCCUUCUGUCUCAGCGAAAGUCAGAAGGUGAACAUGAAUCAAGUAGACGACUGAAAACACAGUUCCUCAUUGAAAUGGAAGGCUUUGACAGUGGUAGUGAGCAAAUUCUACUUAUAGGAGCGACAAAUCGACCCCAAGAACUGGAUGAAGCAGCACGUAGACGCCUUACUAAAAGGCUUUACAUUCCCUUACCCUCGUCAGCAAGAGCCUGGAUUGUACGUAAUCUCUUAGAGAAGGAUGGACUAUUCAAGCUUUCCAAGGAUGAAAUUGAUACCAUAUGUAGUUUGACUGAAGGAGAUUCAGGAUCAGACAUGAAAAACUUAGUGAAGGAUGCAUCCAUGGGUCCGCUAAGAGAAGCUCUCAAACAGGGCAUAGAAAUUACCAAGCUGAAAAAGGAGGAUAUGCGAUCAGUUACUCUUCAGGAUUUUGAAGAUGCAUUGCAAGAAGUGAGGCCCUCCGUUUCUUCGAAUGAACUCGGUACGUAUGAUGAAUGGAACAAACAAUUUGGAAGUUUAUCUCUCUAGGGAUCAAUUUGAUCAACGUAGGAAGAAAAAAACGGAAAGCAAACCACUUGUAGCUGAAGACGGUGCGUUAUUUGCCGUGUGCAAUCCUUCACAUCCUAAAUGUAAAUGGAAUUUUGAUGUGAUGGCGCUAUGGAUGAUAGCACACAACUUUAACGACCAAUAUAAUCAACACCUCCAUCCACUAACGUGUUCUUGAGUCAUGUCACAUAAAAUUUCCUGCAAAUAAUUUCCCAUUACAGUGAGUAAUUAUCUGUUUUAUC